CUGACCUCCUGGUGAAUACAUUGUGUCUCCCCUUCACGUUGGUCUAUACUCUGCUCGGGGAGUGGAAGUUUGGCCAGCUGCUUUGUUUCCUGCUUCCCUAUGCACAGGGAUUGGCUGUCCACGUAUCCACGGUGACGCUCAACGUCAUAGCCCUCGAUAGACACAGGUGUAUAGUGUACCACCUGGAGACCAGGAUGAGAAAGGAUGUGUGUUUCGGGGUGAUUGCCGCCACAUGGGUACUGAGUGCGGUGCUGGCCAGUCCACUAGCUAUCUUCAGAGAGUAUGGGACCUUCAAUCUGGCUCCAGGACAGUUUAUACAGGUGUGUACAGAGAAGUGGCCGGGCAGCUCGACAGACGGGACAGUCCAUUCAAUCUCCAUGCUCCUCCUCCAGUACGUUCUCCCUCUAGCCGUCAUCUCCUUCGCCUACGCUCGUAUCUGGUCCAAACUCCGUUCCCACAUGUCCCCCGCCGGCCGCAACGACCGCCACCGCCGACGACGCAAAACCACCAAGAUGCUGGUGACCGUGGUCGUGGUGUUCGCGGUCAGUUGGCUGCCGUUCCACGCUUUUCAAUUGGCCACGGAUAUCGACAGCUCCGUCUUGGACAUGAGGGAUUUUAGACUUCUGUACACGCUGUUCCACGUGGUGGCCAUGUGCUCAACGUUCGCCAACCCUCUGCUCUACGGGUGGAUGAACAGCAACUAUCGCACCGCGUUCACGACCGUGUUCCGCUGUGAGCAGAGAAUGGAUAGUGUGCAUCCGAAG